AUGCAUUCCAUCACCAACGACACCAGUUACGGGGACUUCAAUCUGAACACGCACCGGUCUUCCUUUUCCGCCAAUCUGCAGCACCAGGCGCCUGAUUUGCGAACGUUAAACACCUUUCUGGAGCACUUGUCGCGGAAAGCGAACAACAACUUGCUGCUCGGUU